AAGGUCCUCCCGAAAUAAACAAAUUGGGGUCCUCUUUUUUUCGCCAAAUGCUAGCCACUAUAACGAGAACUCGAGACGGGUUAUUUUGCUCCAUAUACGACACCUCUGGCAACAGUAACACCAGCAAGUUCGUUUUAGACGACCAGAGGAAUGUUAAACAAAGUGAGGUUUAAUCGGUGUCAUUUACGUCCCUAGUGGUCCAUUAUUUGUGUUUUUCUUCCAACGACGAAGGGUGUUUUCUUCGGUCGCCGCUAGCACGGCUCAAUCGUAACAACACAUCCAACAUUUUCACAUUUACCCCUACAAUAAUCAGUGAGCUUGGCUUGAAGAUUUACGUCGUUUUACAUUUGAAUUGUGAAGGGGUAAAUGAGCAGUAAUGUCUGGCAUUGCUCUAAGCAGACUGUCCCAAGAGCGCAAAGCUUGGAGGAAAGACCACCCAUUUGGUUUUGUGGCAGUGCCUACCAAGAAUCCUGAUGGGACCAUGAAUCUGAUGAACUGGGAGUGUGCCAUUCCGGGAAAGAAAGGAACCUUGUGGGAGGGAGGACUGUAUAAACUCAGAAUGCUCUUCAAAGAUGACUACCCCUCCUCUCCGCCUAAAUGCAAGUUUGAGCCGCCAAUAUUCCAUCCAAAUGUCUACCCAUCUGGCACCGUGUGUCUGUCCAUCCUGGAGGAGGACAAAGAUUGGAGGCCUGCCAUCACCAUCAAACAGAUCCUGUUGGGAAUCCAGGAGCUGCUGAACGAGCCCAACAUUCAAGACCCAGCACAAGCAGAGGCUUACACAAUCUACUGUCAGAACAGGAUGGACUAUGAGAAGCGGGUCAGAGCCCAGGCCAAGAAGUUUGCACCUGCAUAGAUCAGACUACCGGUCUCCUCCCCACCAUGGACAGCCUGACCUAACAGAGCUCGGGACAAAUAGGUGACAAACAGGAGAAUCUGAACGAGCACUCCAACCAGAAUCCACUUUUCUGUAUUAUUUCAUUGGUGACAUGUAAAAGAUAAUCCCAGCACUUGUAUAUUGGUUGUAAGAUCAACAGUUGCUAGGUAACAAGGAAGCAAGGGAAAUUUCUAUGUAACUCUCUCAAGGCACAUUUGGAAACAAGCAAAAGGAGAGAUUAGGCCUCUUGAUAAACGAGCGCAUGUACAUAUUAUAAAUAAAUACAAUUGUGGAAGUUAUGUUUUAUAUUGUUUUAGCCUGUUGACAUUUGUGUGUGGUAUUAUAAUGAAGACACAAUAUUGUGAACGUUGAAUAAAAGAACAAAAG